AUGUGGGAGGCUCCAGAGGUGACUAUUUCAGAUCCUGGCUCAGGGCUCCCUGCUUUCCUAGCCCGCUUUGACAUUUUGGAGUUCAAUAGCCUCCCUGCAAGCCAUUUAUAUUGCUUUGGGCCUCCCUAUGGUAACUUCUUGCACUUCUCUCUGCUUGUGGAGGGUCUGUCAUUGCUGGAAGGGUUGUUCAAGGUCCAUGGAGAUUUUACCAGUGGGUUCAGGGGAGGUGUAUUUUUAGGCAACAUCCUGAUGGAGCUGCUAUGUGCUGUGUUGAUUUCUUUAAGGAACUCUUCUCUUGACUCCUUAUCUGAGGACAGACUUUUGGAAUGGAGGGGAGUGGUGCAGGAUCUUAUAGAAGUAAAGUUCAAUCUGUCCUUCUUGUUGGAGCAUUUGCGUUCACUGGCUCAUAUGCUAUUCCAGAGGUAG